AUGUUGGCGCCUGUUCUUUCUUUGAUAUCUUUGACAUAUGGCUUUCUGGCCUCCGCGCCUGCUGCUCUAGCUCUAGGGUCGGCAUGCUCUUCUGCCCUCACCAGCGGGACCGCUGCCCCCACGGAUCCCUAUUGGAUGCAAAGCAUCAAGCACCAAGGCAUUUCAGCCUUUAACCCGGACCCUAGUUCCUACACCGUCUUCCGUAAUGUAGAGGACUACGGUGCGGUUGGUGACGGCAAUGCAGAUGACACCGAUGCCAUCAACUCCGCGAUUUCACUGGACAGCUGUGGCAAUGGGACUUGCGCAUCGUCCACCGUCACACCUGCGGUUGUCUACUUCCCUCAGGGUACCUACAAGGUAUCGGCCCCGCUCAACUUGACAUAUUACACGCAGAUGAUCGGUGAUGCGAAGGUACCACCCACCCUACUGGCCUCACGGAAUUUUACCGGAUUGGCGGUCAUCGACGCAAACCCGUAUCUAACAGGCGGCAACGGAGCGAAUUGGUACAACGCCACGAACAACUUCUACCGUGCCGUGCGCAACUUCGUCAUCGACCUGACCGAUACCCCGGCGAACGCGAGCUCGACCGGCAUCCACUGGCAGGUCUCGCAGGCUACGUCGCUUCAUAAUGUCGUCUUCGAGAUGAGCACUGCGAGCGACACGGCGCACCAGGGUAUCUUCAUGGAGAACGGUAGUGGUGGCAAGAUGGGAGACUUGGUCUUCAACGGAGGCAAGUAUGCCAUGUGGUUGGGCAACCAGCAGUUCACUGUCCGCAACGUGACCAUGAACAACUGCCAGACUGCUGUCUACAUGGCCUGGAACUGGGGCUGGACUUUCCAGGAUGUGACGAUCAACGACUGUGAAGUUGGCUUCGAUGUGACGACCGGCGGUUUGACCAAAGCUACCCAGACCGCCGGGUCGAUGGCAAUCAUCGACGCUACCGCGUCCAACACACCCGUCUUCUACCGGACCUCCGAAGCCUCAAAUGGCACACUCGCCGGAUCCAUUGUCCUCAAUAACAUCGUGCUGAACAAUGUAUCCGCGGCCGUCAGCGUCCUCAACCACACUGAAGCACUUCUUGAGGGCGGAACGAUGACGAUCGACAGCUGGGGCCAAGGCAACGUGUACUCCGGUACGAGCGGUUCCGCAACGUUCACGGCGGGAGACAUCACUGGGCCAUCCAAGGCGAGCAGCCUCAUGGCUGGCGACAAGAUCUUUGGCCGGACGAUACCGCAGUAUGAGGACUACGCUGUGGAUCAGUUCGUGAGCGUCAAGGACCAGGGCGCAAAGGGUGACGGCUCGACGGACGACACGGCCGCGCUCCAAGCUGUCUUCAACAAGUACUCCGGCUGCGCCAUCAUCUAUUUCGACGCCGGAACCUACGUCGUCACCAGCACGCUUCAGAUCCCCGCAGGAACGCAGAUGGUCGGCGAGGUGUGGGCAGCCAUCAUGGGAUCUGGUUCGGCCUUCGAGGAUCAGACCAAUCCUUCGCCGGUCGUGCAAGUCGGUGCACCGGGCUCGUCAGGUAUCAUGGAAAUCUCGAACAUGAUUUUCACCACGAAGGGACCUGCCGCCGGUGCGAUCGUUGUCGAGUGGAAUGUCAACUCGCCCGCUCAAGGCGGCGCUGGCAUGUGGGAUAGUUUCAUCCGUCUGGGAGGUGCUGUAGGCACGGAUUUAGAGGUGGCGCAGUGCGAUGGCGUGGAGAUGGAGAUGAAUUCACCGUCUUGUUCGGCGGCGUUCCUCGGCUUGCACUUAACGGCCAACUCCAAUGCGUAUAUCGAGGGCACUUGGGUGUGGCUCGCAGACCAUGAUCUUGACGACGCUGCUCAGAGCAACCUAACACUCUACAGUGGCAGGGGUAUCUUGUCAGAGUCAGCAGGACCUGUCUGGAUGAUUGGCACCGCUGAACACCACGUCCUGUAUCAGUACAACCUCGCCGGGGCACAGAACCACUACAUUGGAGUGAUGCAGUCGGAAACUCCCUAUUUCCAACCUCUACCAGUUCCCCCAGUCCCAUUUUCCAUCAAUGGCACCUACAAAGAUCCUAGCUUCCCCAUUAGCUUGACUGCUGCGUGGGGCCUCUACGUUCAGUCGUCGACAGACAUCACUGUCUUUGGUGCGGGCCUUUACAGUUUCUACCAGGACUACGGCCAGACCUGCCUCAAUACGACGACCUGCCAGAUGCAGAUCGUCAACGUAGACUCAUCGUCCACCCGAAUUGGCCUUUAUAGUUUAUCGACUGUCGGUGUCGUCAAUUUGCUCAGCGUCGAUAGCUCGCCUGUCAUAGCGGCUAGCAGCAACACUGAUGGUAUUCAAGACACGGUCACGUCCUGGACACAGUGAAGAGUGUCGCUCUUCGCUAUCACCUUCGUUCUUAUUUAUCUCAUGUCCGAAUCGCUCUGAGAAGGGCGCCGUGGGCGGCCCUCCUUUAUGUCUUACGGUCUUUUCUUGGUCGUGUGUAUAUUCCCCUUUAAUAGUCUUGACUCCUGGGGUAUAUCGUGUCAUGGGUAGCAAGAUAUGUU